AGUCACAGCUUGGAAUUUCUACGGAAAAGUCCUUCACAUAAUGAUGAGACACGGAUUGUUCCUGGCGCUGGCACUGAUGGCGGCGGCGCUGCUGGCACUGGCGGAGGCCGGGCCGCUGCCUGAGGCCGAGGCCGAGGCGGAGGCACACAGGAGGUGGGGAUACGGCGGGUACGGCCUCGGCUUUGGUGGAUACGGCCACGGGUAUGGUCACGGAUAUGGCCAUGGUGGGUAUGGUCAUGGAUAUGGUGGCUACGGUGGAUAUGGCCAUGGCUAUGGUGGAUAUGGCCACGGACUCGGACACGGCCAUUAUCAUUACUUCGGAUAGACGGAAGGAAGCCCAGAGGAGGAAGAGCAAGGUUUUCGCCACUCGGGGAGCGUGCCAGCUGGGAAAUCCCUGGUCCCUUGGCUCCGCCCCUUCCCUUCCUGUCGACCACUUCAAUUAGUUUGCUCUCCGUCACACCUUCUCUCUCUGACUGCGUCCCUUAUUCCACGGGGAGCGGGACGGUUCCCUUGCUCAUGCUAAGAGAAAAGCAGAACUGGAGAGAGCUUCCACACUGCCAAAAAAACGGGCAUUGUUUAUUUGUUUAGUUGUUCUCGACUGUUUUACUUGCGGUGUCAGAUUUUUUAAACAAAUUAUUGAUGUUUUUUUAAGUAAAUCAUUGAUGGAUCGAUUUUGUUUUGUCUGUAUUUAAUAAAAUUGUUGAUCUGGA